AACAACUAAGAUCUUUAAAAAUAUUUGCAAUUGGCUCAGCUUAUGAAGAUACAAUUCUUUAUGUUGACAAGUUUCCCUCUGAAGAUGGUAAACAAAGAGCUCAAAGAGUUGAAAAAAGAAGAGGGGGAAACUCUGUUAAUACAUUAACAGUAUUAUCACAAUUUCCAUUGACACGUUGUCAUUUCAUGGGAUCUAUGGCAUCAAAAGAAGCAUCUGCAUUUCUAAUACAAGAUUUUCAAGCACAUAAUAUAAAGACUUCUACAUGUAUACACAGAAAUAAUGCAAAUCAUUCACCAAUAGCAUAUAUAUUACAUUCAGAUAGUACAGGCUCUAGAACAAUUGUAAAUUAUAACAG